AUGAAGACAUCGGCCGUCUUCUCUGCCGUUCUUUCGUUGCUUUCCCUGGCUUCGACAAGCUCGGCGCAUGGACACCACCAUCACCAUCACAAGCACAGCGAUAGCGGCACCUCGAGCGCAUCUGUCCCGCCAGCAUUCACGCCGCCUCAAGUCUUCAAGAAUGUCAACCUCGUCCACAUCGUGUCCUUGGAGAAGAACUACGUCAAGGAGUCCAUCAAUGUUGUAAUAGAAAACAUCGACAAGGAGGCACAGUCCGAUUACAUUCUGCCCUUUACAAACGAGCAGUUGUCGCGUCUGGGUGGUUUGGAGGUUAGAGAUCGCAAGAAUGCCGAAUCCGGCCCUUUCGUUGUCGAGCCUGUGGAAUUCGAUUCGUUCGGUCCCAACCAGUACGUUCGGGUCCGACUCCCCACGCCUCUUGCGCCUGGCGCACAGCAGACCUUGGGCAUUACCUACUACCUCCUGAGCGCCUACAAGCCUCUCCCCGCCACGAUCAAGCAGGAGGAGCAACAGUUCCUUUCGUACUCCUUCUCGGCCUACUGCCCCUCGGUCUACACGACAUCCAAGCAGAAGACCGAAGUCAAGUUCGCAUCGACCAACAUCCCCGAUUACACCAAGCUUCCUGGCAGUGGAGACGUCAAGGAGUUCCCCCAGAAGCAGGGAUCUAAGCUCGUCUAUGGUCCCUUUGACGAGAAGCCCGCCGGCGCGCUCGAGCCCGUCCAGGUUCGGUUCGAGUUCAACAAGCCCGUGAUUCACGUUUCUCACCUCGAGCGCGACAUUGAGGUCAGCCACUGGGGCGGAAAUGUGGCGUUUGAGGAGCGCUACGAUCUCGAGCACCGCGGCGCCAACCUCUCGUCCCAAUUCAACCGGGUCAAGUGGCAGCAGGCGCAAUACUACAACCCUGUCACUCAUGCGCUCAAGGAGAUGAAGUUCCCUCUGCGCGUUGGCAGCGCCGACCCCUACUACACCGACGUGAUCGGCAAUGUGUCCACGUCUCGCUUCCGUAGCAACAAGAGGGAGGCUCUGCUUGAAAUCAAGCCGAGAUACCCCUUGUUUGGAGGCUGGAAGUACCCGUUCACCAUCGGUUGGAACUCGGACGCGAAGAACUUUUUGCGCAAGACCGCUACCGGAGGCUUCGUUCUGAAUGUUCCCUUCCUUGAGGGUCCUAAACAGCCCGAGGGUGUUGAGUACGAGCAGGUUGUGGUCCGUUUGAUCCUGCCUGAGGGAGCUGAGAACGUAAAAUGGACCACGGGGAUCCCCAAGUCCUCGAUCUCUGAAGCUGGCGUGCAGGUUCACAAGACAUUCUUGGAUACUAUCGGCCGCACAGCUCUUGUCAUCAAGGGCCGCAACUUGGUCGAUGACUUCAGAGACCGUGAUCUCACCGUCACCUAUGACUACCCAAUGUCGGCGGUUCUGCGUAAGCCUAUUGUUGUGUUCAGCAGCGCGAUGACCGUCUUCGUGAGCUUGUGGCUUCUCAGCCUUAUCAACCUCAAGUUCACUACCAAGAAAUAA